UAUUAUUUUUGUGCUUUGGUUAAUAUUGGAUCUGAUUUUGAUAAACACUAGAGUGCUGAAGUUAUAAUCUGAUCUACAUAAGUUGAAUGAUUUUUCUUGAUAUUCUUGAUGGGUUUUCAUGCCAAGUAUUAUUUGACAUGUUCUUUCAAUUAUUUCAAGCUUGAAUUGAGUUUUUUUUUUUGGGCAAAGUAAGCUAGAAUUGAGGUUGAUAAGAUCAUGAAUGAUGUUUAUACAUUGUACUUUUGGGUUGAUUUGUAUUUAAUAUGAUCAGGGAAGUGUUUUUAUUUUCUUUCUGAAUUUGAGUUUGUUUUCUCAUCAUUAUGAUUGGUGGUUCUGUUUUGGAGUGGAAGAUUAUAGCAAACAAUGAAGAUCAUUUAUGCAGUUUUACAUUUGUGGGUCCUUGGAUUAGGUUUCUAGACUGUAUUCAAUAUAUGAGAAGUCAAUAUUUGGUCUGACUACUAACACCCUCUCUUUGAUUUGUUAAAUUUUGGGUCUGAAAAUAAAGAUAGCUAGCCAAAGGAAACUAGGGUUUCUAUUUGAUCCUCUUUGACCAGAUGAAAAUUUAAGACAGCUUGGUGUUGCCAGAUCUAAUUGUGUGGAAAUAUAAGAAUACUCUGCAUUCUUGAAUAAUGGGAUCAUAUUUGAACUUCAAGAACUUUGGUGAAACACCACAACCAGAUGGAAGUGGCAUGAAGCCGGUAGGCAAUUUUCCAUUGGCCCGACAAUCUUCCAUAUACUCCUUGACCUUUGAUGAGUUUCAAAACACAUUAGGUGGAUUUGGAAAGGAUUUCGGAUCAAUGAACAUGGAUGAACUCUUAAAGAACAUUUGGACAGCUGAAGAGACUCAAGCCAUGGCAUCUUCUAGUGGUGUUGGAGAAGGGAAUGCCCUGGGUGGGAAUUUGCAGAGACAAGGCUCACUGACAUUGCCUCGCACGCUUAGUACGAAAACUGUCGAUGAGGUUUGGAGAGACUUUGUUAAAGAAACUACUGGCGGUGCAAAUGAUGGGGGCGGAAGUGUGAAUGGUGGGUCAAAUUUGCAGCAGCAGCAGCAGAGGCAGCCUACUUUGGGAGAGAUGACACUGGAGGAGUUCUUGGCAAGAGCGGGGGUAGUUAGAGAAGACACUCAACCGAUCACGAGGCCAAAUAAUAGUGGAUUUUAUGUUGAUCACUUAUCACAAACAAAUAACAACACCACCAGUCUGAAUGGUUUGACGUUUGGGUUUCAGCAAUCAGCUCAGAACAAUGUAGUCAUGGCUAAUCGGAUACCAGAGAACAAUAAUAUCAAUAAUUCAGUGCCUAAUCAGUCUUCUGGUUUACCACCGAAUGUCAGUGGAGUAAGAUCUUCUCAGCAACAAUUGCAGCAGAAUCAACAGCCACUUUUACCCAAGCAAGUCACGGUGGCGUUCACUUCUCCAAUGCCUUUAGUAAACAAUGCGCAACUGGCUAACCCUAACCCGGGAACAAGGGGUCCGGUUGUUAGAAUGGUAGAUCCUUCUACAAACAAUGGUUUAAUUCAAGGCAGUGUCCUGCAGACUGGAGGAGUGGUUAGCAUGACGGGUUUAGGCGCUCGGACUACUGCCAUGGUUGCAGCAGGAGGAUCUCCUGCAAGCCAGUUAUCUUCAGAAGGGGUUGCAAAGAGUAAUAAUAUGGAUACAUCGUCACUGUCACCACCUCCUUUAGUGUUUAGUGGAGGCGUGCGGGGAAGGAAAUGUGGUGGUACUUUGGAGAAAGCAAUGGAGAGAAGGCAUAGGAGAAUGAUUAAAAAUAGAGAGUCUGCUGCAAGGUCACGGGCUCGGAAACAGGCCUAUACCUUAGAAUUGGAAGCAGAAGUUGCAAAACUUAAAGAACUUAAUGAAGAGUUGCAGAAAAAACAGGAAGAUAUUAUGGAGAUGCAGAAAAAUCAGAUAUUGGAGACAAUGGAUAUGCCCUGGGGAAGUAAAAGACGAUGCUUGAGGAGAACGUUGACAGGUCCCUGGUAGAGUAGCGAGAAUGGAAGCAAGUUGCGGACGUGUGCUUAGAACAGAAGAACAGAGUUGUAGAAAGGGUGUUACCAGUGAAUGAAUGGUUGAAUACAAAAACUUUGGCCCUUUGUCAUGUAUAAGGAUUGAACAGAGUGUAUUGUGAUGAUUCAAAGUUCAAACCUUGUUGUAGGAAUGAUAAACAUUAUGUACAGAAACAGAGUUUUGUGUUGUAAAAUAUUGUGGGAUUGGAUUGAUCAUGUAGAUUGAACUUUCCCAGUUGUGUGAUCUCUGUUUUUUUGUGAACUUGUUGGAAUUUUGACCACCAUGAAGAUCAUUUUGGGUUGGCUUUUUCUGUGAAA